AUGCUCGUCUUCGUUACUGGCGCUUCUGGCUUCGUCGGCACCUCUGUAACCAAGGAGCUCCUCUCCAACGGCCACCAAGUCCUCGGUCUCGCCCGCUCUCCCGAAUCGGCGCAGAAACUCCGUGACUUGGGCGCUCAAGUUGUCGAGGGCUCGAUGACCGACCAUGAACUCGUCAAGGAGACGGUCAAGAAGGUUGACGGCGUCAUCCACCUCGCCUUCAACCACGACUUCUCCCGGUACAAGGAGAAUUGCGUCGAGGAUGGCGACCUCGUCCGCGCGAUGGGGUCCGUGAUGGUCGGUACCGACAAGCCGCUCGUCGUCACGUCUGGCACGGGCGUCGUACUCGGCUUGUCCGACAGGAAGGUCGACUCGCCUUUCAAAGAGGACGACCCGUAUCCUCUCAGCGCCGAUUGGAUGCAUCGUAUGCACUCUGAGCUCCCGACGUACGAGCUCGCGAAGCAGGGCGUCCGCGCCAUGGUCGUGCGCCUCACUCCGACCGUUCACGGCGCCGGCGACAAAGGCUUCAUCCCCAGGUUCAUCGCCAAGGCUCGCGAGUCGGGCGUCGCAGCGUACGUCGAAGAUGGCGCGAACGUUUGGCCCGCCGUCCACCGCGACGACGCAGCCAUCGUCUUCCGCCUCGCUCUCGAGAAAGGUACCGCCGGAUCCGUCUACCACGCCGUCGCCGAGUCGGGCAUUCCCUUCAAGGACAUCGCCGGCGUCAUCGGCAAGAAGCUCAACGUCCCCGUCAAGAGCAUUUCGCGCGAGGAGGCGGGACCGCACUUUGGCUUCCUCGGCAUGUUCGCCUCGCUCAGCAACCUGACGAGCAGCGAGAAGACGAAAGCGGAGCUUGGAUGGGCGCCGAAGCAGGUCAAGCUCCUCGAGGAUAUGGAGCAGUCGUACUUCUGA